AAACUCUACACACACACACACUCUCUCUCUUUCUCAUGCCAAAAAUGAGUCCUUCCAAAACACCCCAAGUACAUGUGAUCAAUUAGGAAAUGCCCAACAAACUGCAACAAGAAGAUUCCCACAACCAAGAAAUGUUUCUGUUGUGAGGAGCACCUAUAUAAACCUAUUCUCUGCCUACAACAAAAAACCAGUGCAGUAUUGCCUCUUCUUUUAGCUGCACUCAACAUAUUAAUCAUUAGCACCAAUACUCUCUCUCUAUAGAUUUCCUUUCUAAUUUAGGAAUCCAUUUUAACAUACUAUAACUAUUCUCUUUUAAAUGGUAGUAAUUAGGUGUGCUAAAAUGGAAUCCCCCAACACCACAUUUGAUAAUUCACACAACUCUGAAGAAAGGGAAGUAGGAAGAAGAACAGAUAAAAGGAAGCAAAUUGAUGGUGAAGUUAAAGAAUACAAAUCCAAGAACCUUAAGGCUGAGAGAAAUAGGCGUCAAAAACUUAGCGAAAGGCUUCUUCAAUUACGCUCAUUGGUCCCAAACAUAACAAAUAUGACUAAAGAAACCAUAAUCACUGAUGCCAUCACUUACAUUAGGGAGCUACAAAUGAAUGUGGACAACCUAAGUGAGCAGCUUCUUGAAAUGGAGGCAAUUCAUGGGGAGGAACCGGAGACAAAAAAUGAAGAGAUUAUUGAUACUGCAGAGGAGAUGGGUAAAUGGGGCAUAGAGCCUGAAGUUCAAGUGGCUCACAUUGGCCCAACUAAGCUUUGGAUAAAAAUAGUCUGCCAAAAGAAAAGAGGUGGAUUAACUAAACUGAUGGAGGCAAUGAAUGUUCUUGGAUUUGAUAUUAAUGACACCAGUGCCACUGCCUCUAAAGGAGCUAUUCUUAUUACUACAUCUGUGGAGGUGGUUCAAGGUGGACUAACUGAAGCUAAUCGAAUCAGAGAGAUCUUACUGGAGAUCAUCCACGGAAUCUACUAGCACCAGCAUGAAAUCCCCUAAUAGCUUAAGUCUCAUUGGAGAGUAC